AUGUCAGAAAAGGCUUCUGAAGAAAGACCUAUACGGCUGGCCGUUCUGGGAGGUUCUUCUACAGGAAAGACCUCCCUGGUAUCUAGGCUUACUGUUAAUAUUGUCCACGAGGUUCACUAUCCGACAAGAAACCAAACUAACUGGCUUUUCGACUUUGUUCCCUCAUCGAUCUUGGCCAGGGCUAUAUUGGACGAACAAGCUCACGAAAGACUUUGCCUUCGUUCUCCAAGCAGUCAAACUUUAGAGCCUAUUUUUCCAUCACCUGAGGUUUCUAAGAAUGUACUACUGUCACCAUUGGUAUUUCAGGCUUCCACUGAUAAUUUCCAAUCAGUGAGAUCACACAACAAAAGCCACUCCAGGAGAUCCCUAUCUCUAGAUAAAUCUGAUUCUCCGCUGUAUCAAACUUUUUCCGAUGAAUUUCACGUCAAAGAUGUUCCUAAGAACAAGGCAGAUAAGCUUGACGUUAUCAAUCACUUUAAACUGCCCCUGAACUACAUUCCUCCCACGUACGCACCAAUCCAGAUUGAUAUUAUUGAUACCCCCGGUUUUAGUCCUGAUAAUGUAGUGCCGUUCUUAGAGGUUUCUCUCUUCCGAAAUUUAGGAAGAUCUAUCCUACAUGGAUUAGCAGAUGAGCCAAGACGGCCUGUAUCCACUACUUCACUAUUGGUUGCCUCUGGCGCUUCUGAGUUAAACGGUAAAGUUGACGGCUACAUAUUGGUGUAUAGUGCGGUCCCCGAAUUAAAUCAUAUUGGAGGUCCUCCGGAAUAUGGGGACGAUGUAUCAAGCACAGAUACGGAUGAAGUCAGUGAUGGUGGGUUUCAGCUAUUAAAAGUAAUCAGAAACUGCAUUUUAGAUGCUUGGACUGAAUUUCGAAAUUACGAAAAAAGGUGGGAGGAAGGUAAAGAGGAUGAUAUUUACUCAUUGGUUUACAGUUUGAGACAUCUAUGGAGCAAAAAUAGCAAAGAGAAAAGCGCCAGAAUAGAACAAUUGAGAUCCUAUAAUACCAAAUUAAAAUCUAUUGAAUUAGACCCCUCAUCCCCUGAUUCACCACCACCAUGCAUUAUCGUAUGUUCUCAUGUUAAUCAUGAAUUAGCAAGUCCGAUGUUAAUUGAAAUGGGAAGGCAACUAGCGACAAAUUGGAAAUACGGAUUUGUUGGUAUAGACAGCAUGAAUGAUCUAAAUGUUGAUGUGGCUGUUAGUUUGCUAAUCAAGGAAAUAUCAGAAAAGAUGAAGCUAUUAGUUUCUAGUUUCAAUGGAAGUAGUAACAGUGGUAAUUCAGCUUCAAUUUACAACUCUCAUUUAGUGAAUGAUAAGAAGAAAAACAACAACACAGGUUUAAACACCAAUAUGAUAAAGAAAAUUAUCAAAUAA